AUGGAAAGAAUCGUCAAAAAAUAUCGGUUCAAUUUGUGGGACGAACAGUUGGAAGACAUCAAUCGACAGUCUAUACAAGAUCGACCUGUAACGAGUGGUCUUGGUGGUCUUGGUGGCAGUGGUGGUGGUGGUGGUGGUAAGAAGAGAAAGCUGUAUCUGGAACCACCAGUGCUACAAAAUGUGGUCGAUGAUGAUGAUGAUGAUGAGCAGGAGGAGGAGGAGGAGGAAGAGGAGAAGGAGCCUACGCAAAAGGUUAGGAAACCACCACCACCAGUAUCUACAGCAGUCACGGGCAAUGAUAACGAUGACAAUGAUGAUGAUGACACAUUGUUAUUGUCACAAAACAUAUUUUAA